AUGAGCGACCAGGAUUGUAAGAAUGCCAGUGACUGCACAGUUUCCCAUCUGCUCAAUGUGGUGGAAAGUGAGCUCCAGGCAGGGAGGGAGAAAGGGGACCCCACAGAAAAGCAGCUUCAGAUAAUCCUGGAAGAUGCAGCCCUCUGGCAGAGAUUCAAGGAAGUCACUAAUGAAAUGAUCGUGACGAAGAACGGCAGGCGCAUGUUUCCUGUCUUGAAGAUCAGUGUAACUGGGUUGGAUCCCAAUGCCAUGUACUCUUUCCUGCUAGACUUCAUCCCCACUGACAGUCACCGCUGGAAAUAUGUUAAUGGUGAAUGGGUGCCAGCUGGCAAACCAGAAGCCUCCAACCACAGCUGUGUCUACAUCCACCCAGAUUCUCCCAACUUUGGUGCCCACUGGAUGAAAGCCCCUAUCUCCUUCAGCAAAGUAAAGCUUACCAACAAACUCAAUGGAAGUGGCCAGAUAAUGCUGAACUCUCUGCAUAAGUAUGAGCCCCAAGUUCAUGUAGUUCGUGUUGGCAGUACCCACCGAAUGGUGAUGAAUUGCUCCUUUCCUGAAACUCAGUUCAUAGCUGUGACUGCCUAUCAGAAUGAGGAGAUAACGGCGCUCAAAAUCAAGUAUAAUCCAUUUGCUAAAGCCUUCCUGGAUGCCAAGGAAAGAAACCAUCCAAAAGAUGUUCCAGAAGUUAUCUCAGAGGGUCAGCACAUGACAUACUCCCACUGUAAGUUUCAUGAAAUGUUGUUUACAAUUCAUCUAGGGAUAAUGUCAUCGGUCUUUCAAGCCCUCUAUCUGCAUCCUGAGUCCAAUUGUUGUAAUUUCCCCCAAGUGAACUUGAUAGAGAGCUCAAGCAAUAGCCUGCAAGUUUUUUCUGGAAACAACAGCUGGACUUCUUUACCCUCCACUCCCCAUGCCAGUGUGCUCUCGGUCCCUCAUGGCAAUGGAGCGGCCUCUCCCCGGCCCAGUCACUACCCUUGCCUAUGGACCAUCAGUAACAGCACUGGGAGCUCCACUGACCCAGGCCCAUCUGUGCAUACCAGCUCUUCAGGCACUUUUCUCCUAGGCAACACAGCUCUACCCUCACCUUCUUCCUUGACUCCCAUCCAAGUACCCACUUCUGCCAGCAUAGAUACCAUGGGGCAGUCCUCCCUCUCCAGCAUUGCUGUGUCCACAUGGACAGCAGUAACAUCCCAUUCCUUCUGA